UGUUGGUGAAUAGGUUGACUCAGCAGGGGGGCUAAUACCUGUUGGGUCAGGUGUGUAAGGUUUGAAUCUAAUAUGACGAUGCUAACGGAGGUUAUGAGGAAAACUUAGAAAGAAAACGAUGCAUCUGAAGGAUAUUUUGAAGGUUUUCAGCGGUUUGUGUUGGAUUGUGGACAUAGGACUUGUUUGGGACAAAGCUUAUCAUUGGAGGACAUUAAUUGGACCCUUGUGGACGUAAAAAGUGUGUGAUGUCCUAGAUGGCUCAGUUCUGUCAGUGAUAUGAGGCUUCGAACACUGGGAGACAAACUGAUUUGGACUAAUAAAAGAACAGAAUAUAUGCUGUUCCCGGUUUUGGUGCGCGUUAGCCCGCCUAAAGCACCGCCUGCUACUGAAUAGCAUUUCUAAUUCAGCCGUGACUUUGAUGCAAUGUUUUGUUCUGGUGUUUCCAAAGCUGUGGUGAGAAACACAAAACAUUUACUAAAGGUAGAUGACCUCAAAUGUAAAAGACUCAAAACCAGAUGGUGUUUUUAAACGCUGCUCAGCAUCCUGAGCUCGUUAUUAGUGAAGAUGAGUCUGUCUCAGAAUUAAGCCACAAAACCUUUUCCCUCCAUUAGGAAUGGUUUGGUUUGGGAACGUCGAUAAAACAGGAAGCAGCACAUCAUUUCUUACAGUUUUAAAGAAAUCAACAAACUCAUUUGAAUAAAAUAGCUGUUCGAUCGGACCUCUGCCUGGUGUCUCUGCUCAAAAACCAGUGGCAGCAGCCAGUCGUCAUGACAACAUAGCACUCUCAGGCAAGUCCCGCCUCCUUAAACUUCAGACCCGGAGCCCACAUGUGUUCUAAAUCUGGCUGGAAGGCUGGGCUGCAGCUUGGAGACAGAAGGUUGGAGCAACAGGACUCCACAGCCGAACAGCAGCUCCUGGAGAAAAAAAAAAAAAAAAGUCAAAGAGGAGGGUCAGCAAACGUCCAGGAAGCAGCUCCCAGAUCAGAGGCUCGGCCAAAGUAGGCGGGCUGCGGGCAGUUAGUGGAAAAGCUGACAACUCGGCAGCGGGGAGGGGAGACAAAAACAGAGUUGGUCAUUGAAGGCCUCAUGAAGCUCCUCAGCUGCAGCUUUGAUCCGUUUGUAUCUUUCUGACGCCAGUCGGCCGUUAGCGGCGCUCACCAGGAGUCCAGAGGGGAGUGAAAGGCCAGGAGAUAAGGAGAAAGAAAUCAUGAUGACCCAAGAACAGUGCUCUCAUAGGAACAAUGUCCAGAGCUCAGAGAAACCACAAGUGUACAAAGUGGGAAUCUACGGCUGGAGGAAGCGCUGCCUUUACUUCUUCGUCCUACUGCUGAUGAUCCUGAUCCUGAUCAACCUGGCGCUAACUAUCUGGAUCCUCAAGGUCAUGAACUUCACCAUCGAUGGCAUGGGCAACCUCAGAAUAACGGAAAAAGGCCUGAAACUGGAGGGAGACUCCGAAUUCCUCCAACCCCUCUACGCCAAAGAAAUCCAGUCCAAACCAGGCCGCCCGCUCUUCCUCCAGUCAUCCAGAAACGUUUCGGUCAACAUCGUCAACAGCAACAACCAGCUGCUCACGCAGCUCAUAACAGGAUCCAGUGGAUUUAAAGCACGAGGCAAGAUGUUUGAAGUCAAAUCCACCUCUGGGAAGCUCCUCUUCUCUGCUGACGAGCAGGAGGUGGUGGUGGGAGCAGAGAGGCUCAGAGUCAUGGGAGCCGAAGGAGCGGUGUUCAGCAAAUCGGUGGAGACGCCGCAUGUCCGGGCCGAGCCGUUCAAAGAGCUACGGCUGGAGUCUCCAACCCGCUCUCUGCUGAUGGAGGCCCCUAAAGGAAUCCAGAUCCUGGCCGAAGCCGGAGACAUCCACGCCAUCUGCAGGAACGAGCUGCGACUGGAGUCCAAAGACGGACAGAUUUCUCUGGACGCUCAGAGGAUCCGUCUGAUGGGGCUGCCUGUAGGGGUGGCCUCCCCCAGCUCCUCGUCCUCAGGGACCAGGCCGAACGUCUACGAGGUUUGCGUCUGCCCCAACGGGAGGCUCUUCCUGUCCCAGGCCGGCACCGGCUCCACCUGCCAGAUGAACGACAGCGUCUGCCUCUAGGACUCGUUUGUAACCAGAAAUUGGAAAUCCUAAAAGAUCAAAUGAAUUUAAGAAGAGAGACGGGCAGAAUGGACAGAUGUGCCGCUCAGACGGUCUCGCGGAGCCGAGAGACAAGCUAGCAACCACAAACACUCCGACACCAAUAGGCUCAGCCCGGUUCUGAAGCCAGAGGGGAGGACGGGUUGAACUCCGGGCUGCCGAUAGGUGCAAUCACGUAUUUUCCCUCCUCACUGCUACGAGACUCGUAAAGAUGCAGGUUUUAACGGCUUUUUAACAGAACUGAACCUUUAGCUUCUUCAUAUUGAGAAAAAAACUUGACAGACUGCUGUAAACCGUGUUGGUGUUUGUUCUCGAUCUGCUUGACCCUGACACACACACACACACACACACACACACACACACACACACACACACACACACACACAGUAGCUUUCUACACUCUCAAACACACUCCCGGCAGACGUGGAGGAAAACCUCCAGAGAUUUACUGUAAUAGACAAUGAUCUGUUCCCGUUUUUCCUCGAGCACUUCAGUACCAGAACCGCCGGGGCGGUCGCCGAUGACAACGGGCCUCCCAGCUUUUAUGUCCUUGUCGCUCUUAUAGCUUCUCACAUCUCAGACGAUCUGAUUUUUGACUCAACAAAUCCCUGAAGAGCGAAUCUAAUCAGCUGAAUCAAAUUGUUUUGUUAGACAUACUCUGAAGUUCUGACCCGGCUGCAGCUACCUGUGUGAUAGCGAAGGUUCUGACUACGGGCUGCUCUCCGGUGACUUACGAUCCUUGAAAAUCCAGUUUACUCUAAUGUUUGAACCGUAAUUGAAAUUGGUCGCAGAGCCAUUACAUUUAUUACCCAGAGACCAGCAAGUGACGUUUGUUUUAAUCACACGAUCAAGCGGUUGCUGACAGAAGGCUUGAACCUUUACCUUGAAAGUGCUUGAAUCUGAGAAAGAAAAAAGUUAAAAACCUCGGAUGUUUAUCCAGAUCUCUGAAUGAGAAGUGACACAUCUUCAGAGAACGCCGCUAGCUAGCAUAGCCGCUAAUUUCUGCUGCUAAUAAACAUCAGGUUCUUCGUAAACACCUGAGUGAUGCUGAGUUUAUGACUUUAAAGAGCAAGUCACCCCCUACCAGACUCUUACUCAACUCCCACUUCCUGUUUGAAAAAUGCAACAAAUGCUGUUGCCUAGCAGACGGAGAGGGCGGAGCCACUAACAAACACACACACACAGACUCACAACGACAUUGUGACAUCAUAUGGUGCCAGCUAAAGUUCUAUGGUACCUCUUAGCCAAUAGCGAUGGCAGAUUUAAAUUCUAAUGCAGUGCAGAGUUUUUACCUGACAACGGCACAACGCUGACAGUUUUAGGCAGAAAAUUGAAGUUUUAACUAAAAUGCACUAAAGUGCAAAACUAUUGACUACACGUGUCUGCAGCACGAUUAGACACACAUUUAUGUAGUUUAUCAGAAAAAAAAGUUGAUUUGGGGUGACUUGCUCUUUAAUGGUUUCUAAAAUAAAAACCACUUAGAAGUCUGGCCUUUCUCUUUCAAACUAGUAGUUAGGUCAUCGAUCUUGCCUGAACAAACCCGUUUCUCCAAACUGAGGUCCUUCAUGGAGCCAUUUACGGCAGGUAAAGUUGUGGAUUAAAUCUUGUUAUGGCGUUUUUCCUUGUAACUAAAGUACAAAAGCACCAGAGCUUUGUGAAGCUAUUCAUAUUGUUCUGGUAAAAACGCUGAUGCCCACACACACACACACCCUUCCCCCACGACCCACUGGGCGGGUGAUGGUCCGCACACCAACAUCUGGAGUGGGCGGAAUCAGAUUAGAAACAACUUUAAAUGAAAACAGAAGCUUGAGGCUGACUGAAGGUCGGCGGGGUCGCCCUACGCGGUUCUGGCUCUGAGCAAGUUUUUUAAAGGUAAAAUAAUAAAGUGGGCCGCUCUGUUGAAAGAGGGGAACUGUGCCUUACGUCGAUGCACUUGUGGCAAGAAGAAGCACACGAGACAGACUUUCUUUGGCAUCUGAUUUGUAUUUGGUUUCGUCCGACUCACAACGUUUUCCCCUGUGUGUGAAUGCAAAGACCUUCGGCCACAUCUGACUGUUAAAGGGCGUUUCUUUUAUUUAUCGUUCUGUGUGUUGGUUUGGUUUGUUGUUUAAAUGUGUGUUGAUGUGGAAAAAGCAGUUUCAAGCCACAGAAUGUCACUCCACAUGUUCGUGUCCCCGUUUACGCGUAAACGUGAGUCUAGGACACACCGGGGAGGUUUUGCUCGUUGGAACUUCCACCUGAAGAUCGUUUGAACGUUGAGGUUUGACAGACUGAAAGGCUUAAGCUACGUCGGGUUUUCCUUCUGAAGACGUCCUCUACAUGAGGACCAGCUGCCCGUCGCAGGGAAAUGCAUCGAGUGGCUUUUCACAACAAAAGGAAUAAACGGUUUUUGAGUUGAAGCACUUCUGAGCUUAUUUUGCUCCGAUUGUGUAAACUGUUGUAAUUCUCUUUUCAGAGAGAGAGCACGCACUGGAGUUCAGCUCUACUGCUGACAAGCUCACGCACAGGUGAGGUUUCUCUCCAGCUAGUCGGGUCUCCAGGUUGGUGGUGGUUUUAUUUACCAGGAGAAUCUGGGUGGGUCACGUUCGGCGCCUGAAGACAGCACGAGCAGCUGCAGCUGACAGGAUUAAUCCAGUUAGUUUUAGCGGACCAACUCAAACAAGCACGCUGAUCCGUUAAGGCCCGGUUCGAUCCUUCCCUUCAGACAUUCCUGCUGAGUGCAGCGCGUGCCCAGAAUCACACCAGGACCUCUCCAACCAUUAAUCCCGGAUGUUCCACAUGUUAGGUCGUCUUGGUCCGACAUGGAAGCAGAACGAGCCGGUUGAAUCAGAAAGUGAGGUUUACUCUGAAGUAGCAUUUGGUCUCGAGGGGUUUUCGGACAUUUCCAGUGUGACCGGGGAAUGUUGGUGUGUUCCGACACCACACACUGCCUAUGAACCGGGCUGAAUGAGGCUGAGGACUGGUUAUACUGGGAGCCAGUCUGAGGAGCUGGGAACUGGAAAACAAAGAAAUCAGCGUCUGUGUACGAAUACGUAAACCUGUAACCGAGAACCAGGUUCUGUGUUCUGCUGAGCAUCAGUGAAACCGCACCAUGUAAGAAAAAAUCAACAUACCUAAAACUGGUUCUGAAAUCAAAAGUUUCUGAACUUUAUUAUUUAUUUUAAAAAAUAUCCCUUUCACCAACAUGGAGAAGGCGGAGCCUAAAAAAAUGACAAGAAACAGGCAACAGGGGAUGCAUCAGUUUCUGUAACAUUACACUACUUAGUUGUGUCUGCAGCCGGAGGACCUGCCCACCAGGUGUGUGGGAGCAGAGAGAGGACAGGUAGGACUGCACCUGGACGCGUUUGUGGUGUUCAGAUAAACCACAAAGUCACCUGGACACAAUAAUAAAUCAUAAUUUUAGAGAACAAAGCAAAAUAUCAAAAGUGUUUCAAGAAGACUGAAAUAUUGCAACCUUGGGUUCAUUCAUCAGCUGUAGGAAUAAGAAUGGAAAAAAACUUCAUUCCGUUUUUCCUGAUCCUGACCAAACGUAUUUGGUUACUUGGGAAAAGUUUCCCUUUGGGUUUAUUUAAAAUCCCAAAACAUCCAGAAACCGUUUCAUGGGACUCGUGAUGGCAAUCCAAGCCCGUUAACGCAUUCACUGCCAGCCGUUUCCUGGUCGCUAACGGCCUUCGCUGCCAGCGUUUCUCACCGUUUUUACUGUUUUUUUUAAGAGUCACAGAACGUUCCGUGCUAGCAUGAUGUCGAUGCCAAAACAACCAAAACAAAGAGGACUCACCUCUUACAUCAGGAAGAAUCCGCGUGUUUCGAGCGUUAUCCGUUCUUUCAUAAUCCGUUGUCGAAUUGUGAUCGGCAGACGCUUUUCCAGUUCGCUUCUCACUUUUUUUACAGGAACGACCCAAAACGAUCUCCAAACACAUGGAUGUUCUGCUUCCUGAUCAUGUGACAUGUGACGUAUGCGGAUGAAGAUCGGCUUCAGGGCUGAGAUGUUUGUUCUCUCAGCGCGGGGGCUCGUUCUGAUGCUCAAACAGUAAAAAAAAAUGCAAAUGACGACUUUAGUCGUCAUUGGCAGUGAAUGAGUUAACUGCAAGGUCACUAGGAUGGUUUAGUCCCUUUGGCUCAUGAAACAUGCACUACAAAUAUUACUAAAGUUAAGUAAAUAUUUAAAGAUAUGAGAAAAGUGAAAUAUUAUAUUCCAGCAUUACUUUUUUAUGAUCAUUACUCUUGUUGGUAACACUUCCUUUUACUGUCCCCUAAUUACUAAGUACUUACACGGUAAUUACAUAGUAAGUUAAAGUAUAUUAUUGUGUAGUGAAAGUGUAUAAUUGUAAUAAAGUGUCAUUAAUAAGUGAAGCAGUAUAUACUGGGAAUGAUUAAGAAAAACAAAAACAAGAAUUGAACCUGAGUUACAUGGCAAUAACUGUUUAAGAACUCAGAAAUAAUAUUACACUUUAACUUGCUAUGUAAUUACCAUGUAAGUACUUAAUAAUUAGGGGACUGUAAACCCACACGUUUGUGUUUUAUUGUGCCAAAUGAAAAAUAGCUAAAUAAUCUGGUGAUUGUUUUCUCUUGUUGAAGUUUAAGAGUUUCUAAUUAAUUAGAUGAACAAACAAUUGAACAUUUCUGCUGUAUUGGUUCUUCUGGUCAUUUAGAUGAUGAAAAUCACGCAUUCUCAUUUUUCUCCAUCCUGUCUGCAUGUUCGCGUCAGUGAGUCAUGAUGAGGAAACUAAAAAUGAAUCCUGCAGAGAAACGUGACAGAUUGAUUUUACAGCAUUUAGGGACAGGGGAGAUUAGACACUCAGGUCGGUACGAAUGAAUAAAUAACCAAAGGUCGUGAAUAUAUUAGGGUCAGAGUUCAAGCUGAGGCAGCUCAGUUUUCUGCCUGAAGGAAGGUGGCUGAAUGGCGGCUGUUGUUUAGUUCAUAGUUAGAGAAACACGACAUCAUGUUCUUUUAUAAAUAUAGAAAUAAGAUUGAUAAAGACGGAUAAAUGAAAGCAGCUGUUGGGUAUCUUUUACACAGCAUCCCUCCGUCUCACCUGACCUGGUUAUUGGAAGACUAUCACAGACAUUUACCCGUAGCAUCAACCUCUUUGUUGGAUUUACUUUUAAAAAGAUGCAAAGACGAGGCGCAGACGGCUGUAAAUAAUGUACACAUUUCUGUGCCGGUGCGCUGCUCGGCUCAUGAAAGAGAAGCGCUGCGCUUUUGGAAAACUACUAACCUUUUGAUGCUCAUCACUUCCUGUUUUUACGCCAAAAAGGUAAAAAAGGGUAUUUACUGACUCAGCAUGUACACCAGAACGUGUGGAGAACACACUUGCUGUGAUUGUUUUAUUUGCUCGUCUCUCCAGCUGAGCCCGGGUGUUUCACACAAACACAACCUGUUGAUCCUGUCAGGGCCGAGGUCUUUGCAUUCUGCGUAAACUCGCUCCGCUUUGAGUUUUAUUUUCUUCUGCCCCGCUGAACGUUUAAAACGAUUGUCAGAAAAACACAAAAACCAAAAGAGGCUAAAGAAACUGCUGCACGGGGCUGAGGAGAAUUGUUAGAUUUACUUUAAAACUGGGAUGAAAUCAUAUUUAAAAUGUCAUCUUUUUUUUUUUGCUUGUAAUCACGAUGUACACAGAAAGGACUUUUUUUUUUCAAAAUUCAAAACUUCAUCUGCGAGUUAGCAUUUCCCUCAGCCCCGUGAUGCUGAACUCUCUGUAUUUUUGUUUUCUGACAACAAAUCUUUUACAUUGUUCUUCAUUCUUCAGUCAAAAACUGCCAUUCGUGGAGUAAUUUUCAAAGAUGCCAAAAUAAAAAGGCAUUGUUGAAAGUGA